AUGAGAAAUCUUCCACGUUUUCCCCUGUGGCCGCAUCGAGCAUGGCAUGCAAAGUACUGGAUGUCGAUGAGCAGGCAAAGUCAUGCUGCAGCAUGCCCAUCUGAACCCAAACGGAUCGCCAUACUCGGCGGUGGCAUCACAGGCCUGACCGCUACCUACUAUGCCAGCAAGCGCUUCCCCGACGCCACCAUCACCCUCUUCGAGUCGACAAAUCGUCUUGGCGGCGUCAUAGACUCUGUCCACACCAAAGUCGGGAAUGGUUCCAUGGUCUGCGAGACAGGCACUCGCACGCUCCGUGCUAACGCUCCUCGCGCCAUCGUGACGCUCGAUCUAAUCCGCACCCUCAACCUAACCCCCCACAUCCAAGCAACCCCGCGCACCCACCCCGCCGCCUCAACCCGCUUCCUCCUCUCCCCCUCCUCCCCACCCCACCUCCUCCGCAUCCCCACCGGCGGCCGCCACCUCCUCCCCGCCUCCCUCCCGCACCUGCCAUCCCUCCUCAACCCCUUCCAAACCCAAACCCAAUCCUCAUCCCCCCAGUCCCCCCACCACUCCGUCUCUCUCGUCGGCACCCUCCUCCCCGCCCUCCUCCACGACGCCUUCCGCGCUUCACCCCGUUCUCCGUCCGUCGACGACGAGUCCGUCCUAGCCUUCACGACGCGCCGCUGGGGCGCGCGGGCGGCGGACGACUUCGCGUCGGCGGUCGUGCAGGGCGUGUGGGCCGGGGCGGUGGAGCGGUUGAGCGCCAGGGCGUGCGUGGCGGGGUUGUGGGAGGCGGAGGGGAGGUUGGUCGAGGGUCAUGGUCGGAGUCGGUUGAUGGCUGGGUGGUUGGGGGGCAGGAAGACGAGGAAGUGGGGCGGUGUGGUGGGGGAGAUGGUGAGGGCGGGGUUCCGGGGAGGGGGAGGGGGAGAAGGAGAAGGGGAAGAUGGGAGGUUGUUGCGGGGGUUGAGGGAAGGAGAGGCGGGGAGGUUGGAGGGCAGGUUGAGGAUGGGGGAGAUGAGCGUGUAUAGUUUCAGCGGAGGGUUGGGGAUGCUGACGAGGGCGUUGGAGGGGGAGGUUAGGGGGCGGGCGAAUGUGAGUGUUGUGACGGGGGCGGCGGUCACGGGGGUUGGGGCGAGGGAAGAAGGCGGAGUGACGAUUACGGUUGGUGAUGUCGCCCGGGACUUUACGCACGUCAUCGCUGCUACGCCGGCGAAUCACCUCGUCACUGCUGCGAAACUCCCUCUUCCGAAGAUGCAGGAAGCGACUGUGAUGGUUGUCACUCUCUGCUACGCCAGACCUCGGCUAAACAGUCCCUACCAUGGCUUUGGCUACCUGGUCCCCCGCUCUGUUCCGAGCUCUCUUAACCCCGAGCAGGCUAUUGGUGUUGUGUUUGAUUCUGACGUCUUACCAGACCAAGACUCUGCCUCUGGCACCAAAAUUACCGUCGUUAUAGGUGGCCAUUGGUGGAGCGAGCUGAAGGAGCACCACGCUCUCGACAUCAUGUUCGCCCGCACCCUCUUCCUCGCGCCGUUCCGGCGCGCGACCGUCCUCGCCGCCGCACCGCGCCGCCUGCUCACCACCGCUACCACUCUCGCCGUCGCCUCCCGCACGCCAUUCUCGCUAUGGCGCCCGCGCCCGACUGCUAUUGCUGCCUCGACACAGCAGGUGCGCGGCAUGAAGGUCCGCAGCAGUGUGAAGAAGCUGUGUGAAGGGUGCAAGAGCGUCAGGCGUAAGGGAUACGUGUACAUCAUCUGCAACAAGAACCCGAAGCACAAGCAGAGGUACGUUCAUGAAGUCUGGCACAACGGAGAUCCAUGCGAUCCCAUUAAAGUUACGGCGGACUGA